AUGGACGCGGAUGCUCUUUUGACCUCCUCCAGCGGAAAGUUGGAAGUGACGCCCACCAACGGAGGCUCCAGCGCCGAGUGCGACAUUUUCAUGCGCUGGGAGAAGUCCGACCGCGCGGACCGCCUGGGACUGUUUCGAGCCGCAGACAUCUUCUGCGACACCAGCGGCAAGAACGGGUUGAACCUGAUGCCCUUCGAGUUCGUUACGGCGCAGUACGGCACGGACCAUCCCAAGGUGUGCCUCAUCAGCGAAUUUUCGGGUUGUAGCCGCGUGCUCAUGGGUGCGCUGCGGAUCAACCCCUGGAACAACUCCGCCCUCUGCGCCGGGUUCGAGCGAGCGCUCACCAUGGCGGAGGAGGAGAAGAAGGAUCGGUUUGAGUGUAACUUGCAGUAUGUGAGCAAGAACUCGCCGAUGAUGUGGUUCGAGGACUUUCUCACGGACCUCCGGAGGGCGCGGAAGAAGGACGACGUGAGAUUGGAGACGAUUGGCUUCGGUGCCAAGACCCGUCAGGUGGCAAUCGGCUCCAACUUUCAGAAGCUCCCGAUCAACGCGGUGCUACAAGCCUUCCGGCAAGCGCGGAACCGUGUGCUCUUCUUCGACAACGAGGGUACUCUCGCGGCGGACAAGAGGUUCCUGGAUCGGCAGUACAUGGCGCACAACAACGACAUGACGGAUCUCCAAAGCCGAGGAUCAGCUCCCAACCAGCACGUUUUGGACUGCCUGCAGACCUUGAGCUCUGAUAGCCGCAACACCAUCAUGAUCCUCAGCGGGCGCAACCAGUCGAUGAUGGAGGAUUGGUUCGGGAAGCUCCCACGGCUGGGCCUGGCGGCCGAGCGAGGCUUCUACUACCGCUUGCCCUUCCACACGGGCGGCCAGUGGCAUUGCAUGGUGCAGAAGCCAGACUACACGUGGAAGUCCUUUGCUUUCGAGAUCAUGCGCCAGUUUGUGAAGAGGACGCAGGGCAGCUUCAUAGAGAACAAAGGCAGUGCGCUGGUCUGGCAGUACAGAGACGCGGAUCCGCACUUCGGGUCUUGGCAGGCCAAAGAGCUCAGCUCCCAUUUGAAGGAGUUGCUCACCGGCUAUGACUUGGAGAUUCUCGAAGGCAAGGGCUAUGUCGAGGUGAAGGUGCGUGGUGUCAACAAAGGCGUCGCGGUCACCAAAGCGCUCAACAAGGUUUCGCAGACCUUUGGCGAGGUGGAUUUCGUCCUGUGCAUCGGUGACGACCGCAGCGAUGAGGACAUGUUUGAAGCCAUCAAUCUGAUAGAUCCAGAGGCGGAGACGUCCUCGCAGAUGAGCACCACGGACGAUAGUUCCGAGAACGACGACAGUGGCACGGGCAGGCUGAAGGCCAAGUCGGAGACGCUGCUGCCGAAGCGGCAGAGCAGCGGACGGCUCUCCUCCUCUGCAGGUGGACUCUGCGGGAUGAGCGGGGACUUGAGAGGUAGCCUGGGCGGAGGUCUCGCGAGCCUUGGAGAGGAUGCGUUGUCACAUUCGACCAGGAAGUUCUUCACCGUGACGGUGGGCCGAAAGCCCAGCGCCGCUAAGUUCUUCCUGGACGACACCGACGAGGUCUCGGAGCUGCUGGCGAGUUUGAAGCAGGUGGCGGAGAAGCAGAACAGG